CCGCUACGUCUGAACUGCUCCGAGUCCUCCCAGCCUUUAGAGGCCUCUACCUCCCUCCGUGCUUGCAAGAAUGAGAGAGCGAGAGAGAGAGCAGGAAAGGGAGGGGAGGCUGCAGCUAUCAUGGCCGAGGACGAAGAAGAAAACUCGCAAGGUCGGCAACGUCUGCAGGAAUUGGUUGACCACCUGUAUCAUUUCCGAGAUCAUUAUUUUGAGAACCACAGUGUGGAAGAUGCUGGAAAAAAACGACAGGAUGUUCAGGAAGAGAUGGAGAAGACUCUUCAAAAAAUGGAAGCCAUAGGUGGCUUAUCAGAAGGGCGAGCGUACACACUGAUGCUUAAAGGGAAAGCUUUGAAUGUAUCAACAGACUAUAAUGCCCAGUCUGAAGAAUUGCUCUCCAAAGCGGUCAAGCUGGACCCGGAAUUGGUGGAGGCGUGGAAUCAAUUAGGCGAGGUUUAUUGGAAAAAGGGAGAUGUCUCUGCUGCCCACACCUGCUUCUCUGGAGCACUCAGCCAUCGUAAGAACAAAGUCUCCUUGCAGAACCUCUCCAUGGUGUUACGGCAGCUGCGCACCAGUUCUCCUGAUGAACAUGCACAAAACGUGAUGGACAGCGUGCGGCAAGCCAAACUGGCGGUACAGAUGGAUGUGCGCGACGGACGCUCUUGGUAUGUGCUGGGCAAUGCCUACCUCUCCUUGUUCUUCAAUACGGGGCAGAACCCCAAGAUCUCCCAGCAAGCCCUGAGUGCCUAUGCUCAAGCAGUAGGUGCUGGAGGGGACCCGAGACACAGCUGUGGUAUGGGGAGGAAGGGAUGGUUGUUCAAGUUAAACCUCUAGAGUAAUUUCUAGAAUAACGACCCCCAAUUCCGGCUUUGUGGACCGGCGGGGAGAGAGAAUGGUUAUGACAAUAAAGGUUAUCUUAUCUUACAUGCGCGCAGCUCGGCCGCAGCUUUUGCCUUCUGGUUCUGAACAGGCUGCGGCCCAGAAGUGGGCCACUGCCCGGUGAUUGGGGACCCCGUUCUAGAGACGCAGGUGAGAAGAGUACGUUUGUGGCAGUAGUCAGUGUGGUUAUUGGAAGACUUGAGCUCCUAUUUUGAUUUAGAUCCAGAAUACGCUACAGGUAGACCGUGACUUACGACCAUAAUUCAGCCUGAAGUUACAGUUGGAAAUCAUAUUGGUUGUUAAGCGGGUCACCACGUGACCACACCGGAUGUCGCAACUUUUUUGUGGUGGUAGUUAACUGAAUGCCGUGAUCUUUAAAUGAGAGCCAUGAUGGCACAUUGGUUAGAAUGCAGUAUUUCAGGCUAACUCUACCCACUGCCAGGAGUUCGAUCCUGACCGGCUCAAGGUUGACCCAUCCUUCCAUCCUUCCGAAGUCGG